AUGGGUGGGUUUUCAUGGAGGUCUAUGCUCCCCCCUCGCUCCCCCGGGCCAAGAGGGGAAUCCCCGUUACUGAGUGCUGCGUUUCUUGCUGCUCCAGGAUCAAGUGUCCCGUUAUUGAGUGCUCCACCACAGAGUGGCGGUGCCGUGCCUGCUGCUGCCAUACCUGUUGGAAGGGGACAGGAAGGGGGCGUAGUAGCCAGAACGCUGGACCAAUCGGAGGCGAGAGAAUCUAGCCAAUCAGAGGGGAGAGGGGGCAGCCAAUCAGAAACGAGCGGGGCAAGUGAAAGGGAGGGAGCAGCCUGGGGCGGCUUAUCUGCUGGACGGGAGAGAAACCGUUUUUCACAGAGCAAUCAGCAGCCAUUGUAUCAUCGCUCGCCACGUCAGCACUCGCCUUAUCUGCAUUCGCCACGUCAGCAUCAAGAGAAAGCACCGUCGGGUCUUUCAGGAUUGGGUGUGGAGGAACCUGAGAGUCAAAGCAAACAGUUGUGGCAAGACGGAGGGGGGUUCUCCUCAGGGACAUCAGACCACACAUCUGGUCGCCUAUCGGACCGCCUGUCAGACCGCCUAUCGGACCGCCUAUCAGACCGCCUAUCGGACCGCCUAUCAGACCGCCUAUCAGACCGCCUAUCGGACCGCCUGUCAGACCGCCUAUCGGACCGCCUAUCAGACCGCCUAUCGGACCGCCUAUCAGACCGCCUAUCAGACCGCCUAUCAGACCGCCUAUCAGACCGCCUAUCAGACCGUUUAUCAAACCUUCCACUAUCAGGCUCGUCUAGAUCGGAAUAUGAGGAGCAGGAGAAGCAGGAGAAGUGGGAAGAACAGGGGGAGCGGGAGCAACGGGAGGAGCGGGAGGCGCAGGAGGAGAGGGAUGAGCGGGAGAAGCAGGUGGAAAGGUUUCGACACAUGCUGAUUUCUCUGGGUAUAGGGAGGAGAGAUGGGGGGUUGGGAGGUCAGGCGCUUGGGCAGUGGCAGGGACAGGGGCAGGGACAGGGGCAGGGACAGGGGCAAGGGGAAAGGCAGGGGCACGAGGGAGGGCAGGAGAACAGGCAGGGACAGGGGCAGGUGCUGGGGCGUGAGAAAGAGCAGGAGAAAGGGAAGGUACUACAGCCUAUCGCCUGGGUUGAUGCCAUGGGUGAUCGUGCUGCUGCUGCUGCUGCUUCUAGGUGCAUACCAGCACCGACCGCGCGGCCACAGCAGCAGCAGCAGCAGCUACAGAAACAGCAGCAGCAGUGGCGGGAUUUUGAGUCCCCGCCUUCAUCAGACUACGACACCUCCUCCUCUGACGCCUCUCUCUUCCUGCAGUCCCGCUCCCAUGCACGCUCCCUCGCCCGCUCCCAAGCCCGCGAGGCAGGUGCCCAUGCCCGCUCGCUUGGCAUUAAAGCGUGCGCACCUGCUGCCACCCGUGCACCCGCCACCCGUGCAGCUGCCACAGGCGUUAAUUCCCAAUCAAACGGAAAUAGUAGUGGUGCCAGUGCUGCUGCUGCUACUCUUGCAGGCUCGGGUGCAGCUGCCUUUAAAGCCCAAACAAACAGUGAUGGUAGCGGCGGUGGUGGUGCGAUUGGUGCUGCUGCUGCUUCAUCCGUGCUACCACAUUCUGAGACGACUCAGAAGAACCCAGCUGUAACUGCUGCUGCUGCUAAGGAUGCUGCUACAACGCCCGUUGCUGCUGCUGCUGGUGCUGCACCUGCUGCUGCUGCUGCUGCUUCAUCCGCGCUACACUCACGUUCUGAGACGACGCAGAAGAACCCAGCUGUAACUGCUGCAGUGUCAGCCGUGCUACAGCCGGGUUCCCAACCGUCCCAAACCUCGUCUGCAGCGCCUGCUGCUACAGCCGUGCUACAGCCGGGUUCCCAACCGUCCCAAACCUCGUCUACCGCAGCUGCCGCUACAGCCAUGCUACAACCGCUUUACCAGGCGUUUCAAACCUCGUCUGUGGCGGCUGCUGCUACAGCCGCCACGCUGCAACCGCUUUACCAGCCGUUCCAAAACUCGGCUGCAGCAGCUGCUGCUACAGCCGAGCUACAGCCGCCUUCCCGCCUUGCCAGUGGCAGGCAGUUAUCUCUGGACUUGGGCAAGAGUAGCAAGUGGGGUGCGGAGGAGUGGAAAGGGGUGCUGGAGGUUUGUGCAGGGGUGGAGAGGAUUGAGAGAGGGUUGGCUGGAAAUGGAAAUGCGAGCAUUUCUCUGGGCGUGGGUUUGCUGGGGAUCGAUGGUUUGGGGCUGGUUGGGGAUGGGGAGAAGGGUGGAGGAGAGCCCAGACCCACCCUCCCUUUCCCUCCCACACUCGUGGUCAUUCCCACACCCACGACCACACUCACUCUCACUCCCACACCCACGAUCAAAGUCAUUUCCACACUCACAGUCACACUCCCUCACACACUCGCACUCAAGCUCAUUCAAUUCCCGCACGCCUAUCCCCACCCUCUCUCGCCCCACCCAUUGGUUUAG